AUGUCCCACACUAAUACAGAUGAAGUAUCAGUUCACUCAAGUUACAGUGAGGAGAACACUGCCAUUCCAACUCAAUCAGAGAUCCAUGUAGACCCUGUAGUGGAAAAGAGAUUGCUCAGAAAGCUGGAUUUUCGUCUGUUGACAUUUGCAUUUUUUUCUUAUUUUACCAGUAAUCUUGUGCGUAAUAACAUGCAAAAUGCUUAUACCAAUGGCAUGGAUGUCGAUGUUGGUAUCGAUUCUGAAGCUUACAAUUGGUGUGUUACUUUCUUCUUUAUCGGCUACAUUAUCCCUCAAAUUCCUACAAACAUGAUCGUCGCUCGCAUCCAGCCCAAGUACUUUUUGCCUACUGCUGAAAUCAUCUGGGGUGUCAUCACUUGUUGUAUCUCGGUAGCCAAGACUCCUAACGCAGUAUGGGGCUUGAGAUUUAUUCUCGGAAUGGCUCAAGCUACCUUUGUCCCAUCCAUGGUUUUCAUCAUUGGUUCUUGGUAUACAAACGAAGAACUUGCUACUCGUACUGCCAUCUUUAUGGCCGGUAACCAAAUGUCUGGCGCUAUCGGUGGUAUCAUUGCCGCUGGCAUCAAUACCAAUCUAAACGGUGCUUCUGGUAAAGCUAGUUGGCAAUGGCUUUUCAUUGUCGAGGGCUUGAUGUCUAUCUUUGUUGGUGUCUUUGGCUACUAUCUCCUUCCAAAUUAUCCUCACAACACGAACUGGGUACAAGGCGAGGAAAAGGAUUGCGCCUAUGCUCGUCUGGAACGUCAAGGCAAGCAAAUCAAGUCUCAAAAAUACACUUGGAACACCUUUAGAAACGUCUUGGCUACUCCCUAUGCAUAUCUUUUGACGUUUGAUUUCAUCUGUAUCAAUCUUGGUAACCAGCUUCCUCUAAAUUUCUCUAUUAUUGUGAGAGAUAUGGGCUAUGGCUCUGCUUAUUCCAAUUAUCUGGUCUCGCCCAUUUUUGGCUUUGCUGCAUUCACUGUUGUGCUCAUUGGCUAUCUCUCUGACAAGUACAGUGAGCGUGCUUGGAUCAUUAUCAUUGUACAGCUGUGGGUCUCUGUUUGGUAUAUCGUCUUGUUUGCUGUGAAUCAUGGUCAAACGCCGUUCUGGUUGCUCAUGUUGAGUUCCUUUGCCAUUGUCAACAAUAUCUCCAUGUUUCCCAUUGUAUUUUCAUUCAUCAAUGAAAUCUUUGCUCUGGAUGCAAAUACCCGUGCUUUGGCCAUUGCCUGUAUCAAUUGUAUUGGUAAUCUCGUACCAAAUUUCAUCAGUGUUGGCAUUUGGAAAGUCAGCGACUCUCCUAAUUUUUACCUUGGAAAAGUGGUUACAUUUGCCCUCUCUCUCUGCUCUGUCUUUGUUACCAUCUUUUGUUGGUGGUGCCUUAAACACAGCAUCAACCUUCCUCGUGAAAGAAAACCAGCUCAACCGGAAUUCUCUGCUGAGGAAGGCUUUGAGGACGAUGAAAAGAAGGAAUAA